GGGGCUUCCGCGGGCAGAGCAGGCCUCACCUCGUCCCCGUCCCCCUCGCUCUCCGCCGGGCUCGCCCCCCCUGCUGCCAACCCCCUCAGAGCCAGCGGCGGCAGCAGCAGCAGCGCCAUGCAGGCCAACGGGGCAGGAGGGGGUCAGCAGCAACAGCAGCAGCAACAACAACAGCCGCCGCCGCCGUCGUCGUCGCAGGGUCCGGAGCUGGGCUGCCUCAGCGCCCAAAACGGCGAGGCCUCUUCGGGCUCGAGCGCCGGGGAGCAGCUCGCUCACGCCAACGGGCUUCUGCCGUCGGCCAACAACAACAACGGCGGGGGUGGCGGCGGCGGCGGGCCGAGUGUCAACAACGGGGUUUCGGCCCCCGGGGGGUCCGCCGUCGAGAUGGGGGGAGGCAGCGGCGUCGGGGUCGGCGGCAGCGCCCUGAAGAAGAAGAAGCGGCUCUCGCAGUCCGACGAGGACGUGAUCCGGCUCAUCGGGCAGCACCUCCACGGGCUGGGCCUCAACCAGACUGUUGAUCUUCUAAUGCAAGAGUCAGGAUGUCGUUUAGAACAUCCUUCUGCUACCAAAUUCCGCAAUCAUGUCAUGGAAGGAGAAUGGGAUAAGGCUGAGAACGACCUGAAUGAACUCAAGCCUUUAGUGCACUCUCCUCAUGCAAUUGUGGGGGAACCAACGCAACUUAAAUGGGAAUGCACUCCUCUGAAGGAACAGAGGAUGAAGUUUUUGCUGCUGCAGCAAAAGUACCUAGAGUAUCUUGAGGAUGGUAAGGUUCUGGAGGCACUUCAAGUUCUGCGUUGUGAGUUGACACCACUGAAAUACAACACAGAGCGCAUUCACAUUCUCAGUGGAUAUCUGAUGUGUAGUCAUGCAGAAGACCUGCGUGCAAAAGCAGAAUGGGAAGGGAAAGGCACAACUUCUAGAUCUAGACUUUUGGACAAACUCCAGACUUACCUACCACCAUCAGUGAUGCUCCCCCCAAGGCGUCUGCAGAAUUUACUGCGUCAGGCUGUGGAACUACAACGGGACCGGUGCCUCUAUCACAAUACCAAACUAGAUAAUAAUCUAGAUUCUGUAUCACUGCUGAUAGACCAUGUUUGCAGUAGGAAACAGUUCCCAUGUUACACACAGCAGAUACUUACAGAACACUGUAAUGAAGUGUGGUUCUGUAAAUUCUCAAAUGACGGCACUAAACUAGCAACAGGAUCUAAGGAUACAACUGUUAUUAUAUGGCAGGUUGAUCCAGAUACACACCAGCUAAAACUGCUCAAGACACUGGAAGGCCAUGCAUAUGGUGUUUCCUACAUUGCUUGGAGUCCAGAUGACAACUACCUUGUUGCCUGUGGUCCAGAUGACUGCUCUGAGCUUUGGCUCUGGAAUGUACAAACAGGGGAGCUGAGGACAAAGAUGAGUCAGUCUCAUGAAGAUAGUUUAACAAGUGUGGCCUGGAAUCCAGAUGGAAAACGUUUUGUGACUGGAGGGCAGCGUGGACAGUUCUAUCAGUGUGAUUUAGAUGGUAAUCUCCUUGACUCCUGGGAAGGAGUGAGAGUGCAAUGCCUGUGGUGCUUGAGUGACGGGAAGACUGUGUUGGCAUCAGACACACACCAGCGAAUUCGGGGCUAUAACUUUGAGGACCUUACAGACAGAAACAUAGUACAAGAAGAUCAUCCAAUUAUGUCUUUUACGAUUUCGAAAAAUGGCCGGUUAGCUUUGUUAAACGUAGCAACUCAGGGAGUUCAUUUAUGGGACUUGCAAGACAGAGUUUUAGUGAGAAAGUACCAAGGUGUUACACAAGGUUUUUACACGAUUCACUCAUGUUUUGGAGGCCAUAAUGAAGACUUCAUCGCUAGUGGCAGUGAAGAUCACAAAGUAUAUAUUUGGCACAAACGUAGCGAGCUGCCAAUUGCGGAGCUGACGGGGCACACGCGCACAGUCAACUGUGUGAGCUGGAACCCACAAAUUCCAUCCAUGAUGGCCAGCGCCUCUGACGAUGGCACUGUUAGAAUAUGGGGACCAGCACCUUUUGUAGACAACCAGGAUAUUGAAGAGGAAUGCAGUAGCAUGGAUAGUUGAUGGUGAAUUUGGAGCAGACGACUUCUGUUUAACUUAAAUUUAGUCGUAUUUUAAAUGGCUUGGGAUUUGGUGCAAACAAACAUGAUUGAUAGCUGGACAGACAUGCUCGUCAUGAAAAAAAAGAACCAUUUCUGAAGCCCAACUGGGGCCAAACAUUUUACCACCUUGCUUCAUAGUAAACAGUUGAGAUGAAGCACGUCGUUAGAACGUUGUUGGACACCAUGUUGAAGUAACCCCCCAUCGGUUGUGAAGAACUGUGCUACAUUCAGGCUAACCAUUGAACUCCGUAUAUACAUUUUCCCUUCUGCCAUUUUGUCAGGCAGACUACUGUUAUUGUUGCUCUUCUUCUGUGUAAUGAAGUUUAAAUGCUUGUUUGGAAACCUUUUAUUUAACAGUUUAGAAGGCUUGAUAGAAAGAGUGCUUUAGUCUGAAGAGUACAUGUUGGAUAGGAAAGUCUUUCCUUCUCUUCUUUCUCUGAGUCUCUCCGCCUUAUUUAGCUUGAGAUCUUUGCAGCUUGGUUCAUGGAUUCUAAGCCUUGCCCGUUGCACAGUAUAUCUAAACCCAGAUGUUUAAACCAGUGAAUGACAUGAAAAGCACUCUUCAGUAUCACACUUGACAAAAGGUUUUGUACUUUUCACCUAGCUUGUUGCCCUGUAAGUGGGUUAACAGCACAAUCUUCUUUUUUAAGAAAGAAAAAUAAAUAAUUUAUAGCAUUAAAAUAACUUCAUUUGUAUACAUUUGGAAUUGAAACCAGCUUAAAAAGUGUCAUCUACAAGUAAAUGCAGUAUAAUUGGUGCUCCUCUGGAGUGUUGUGUAAGACCAUUUGGCUGGCAACAGUUUUACACAGGCUAUAUAAAGUAUUAUUUUAAAAGGAAACUUUGUUUACCAACGUAAAACAAUUUGAGAACUUUCAGAAUCGCCAACUAAACCAUUACAAUGUAAUUUCUGAAAUUUAAUAAAUGAAAAUUCUAAAUUGGCCUUAAUGUGCAAUGGUUCUUAUUUAAAACAUAGUAAAGACCUAAAAUGAGAAUAGUACUUUAUAGCAUUAUCUUAAAAAUAAAUAAAUCAGUGAGUUGACUGUCUGCUGUGAAUUAAAUACAUACCUUGUACAAACUUUCCAGAUCAUUCUUUCUCCAGGAACUGUUUCUGAGUAGGUGCUGUUAACUAUCUUUGUGCAGAGGAUACAUACUAAAACUCAGAGAACUAACCAGCUGUUUGACAUAGUUAGUUGGUUUCAGAAUUUCUCUUAUAGUUAAAGGGUGAAAAUGCACUUAGGGCCAUCCUUAAGUUUAAAAAGAACAGAAAAGAAAGCAACUCAUAAUAAAAGAACAGUUAACACAUCCUUGUAGUACCAGCUAAAAUAGAAGCUACAGGUGGGGAAAGGUCUUAACAUUAGGAAAGACACAGGACUAGAAGGAAAUAUGCUCCCUUGUGCUUGUGUUUUUUUUUUUAGGCACAGAUUCUGUGAUAAGGAAUAUGAGUUACUGCCAUUGCACUUGGCAUGUAUCCCUUAACUCAGACUUGCUACAGUUUUCCUUCAGAGCCUUCUAAUUUGAUCAGAGAUUCAUGAUUGAAUUUCUUUAAAUACCUCCAGACUGGAACAAGUGGUAUUCCAAUCAAUGUGGUAAUUCAGUUGUUUAACUUUGAUUGUCUCUGAAUAAGCACACAACACUAUUACAAUUAUCCAAUUCGCUUAAAAUGUAUGUGCAGACCAGGUUUACAGAGAAAUCUUUAAACAACAGAAGGCCACUGCCUUGCAUUCUCAUGGAUUUAGGAGCAGCAAAGAAAUUUACAUCCAGUCUUUAAUACAUUUAAGCUGUUCUGUUGCAGCUUUUUAUAUGUAAUUUUACCUUACAUUUAUUACAGUUGUCCAUUGACAUGUAUUCUGUUCAUUUGACAUUAAGGUUUGUUUUUGUAAUUGGAACAUUUUUGUAGUCCUCCCUCUGAGCCUGUAUAAAAUCUUACUUUUGCAGAUACCCUCAUUCUGUAUCUUUAAAAAUUCACAGCUGUAUUACUGAUAUGGUGCUGGUGGUACUGCUUGCAAACUCAAAACUACCCUAGGAGAUUGGAAGGGAAAUUGGAAGUGAAUUAUGAAGUGUGCACUAAUCAGUUUGAUUUGGUGCUACUAGAUUUCUAUAGGUUAUUCAAUCUGAUGCUUGUAGUUAAGACUUCCUGCAAAGACGCUGUUGUGGUGAAAAAUAUUGACCAAUUUGUUUCCUUUUCUUUGAAACGCAUAACACCAGCAGGAAACCAAAUUAAGAGCAAAAUUAAAUGGACACACUACUGCUUAUGCUUCCUCACCUCUUAUGAAAGAGUUCUUGGAUUUCUUUUAAAUAAAAUAGCACUUGAGUGUGGAGCUGAACGAGAAGCAUGUGUUUUGAGAGUGCCAUUUCUAAAUUCAGUUGCAUAAUACAGACCAUGCAACUUUAAGAGGAAGCUCUUCAGAUUGAGGUGGUUUUAAUUUCUGCUUCUUGACAUACAACUGAACCAAAUAAAGUCAAGAUCUGUCUGGAAGCAAACUUUUAACUGCAAUAACAAUGCUAGGAUUUCUUGUGAGUGAUCUUAAAUAGUUGAGCAGCCUAAAUUGACUGAUAUGUAGAUUGAAAAGCACGUCUGCAUUUCAGAUAAAAAAGAAGAACCCUAGACUGUCACUGUUGUUAGGGAAGAAGUCAAGGACUAGGCUUAUCUCAACAUUCUUUUUUAUAUAUGACGAAGGCAUUUCUACUCUAGGCUAGAGCAAUCACUGAUUACUGGCCAUAUCUUACCAUGAGCAGAAGGCAAUGAGUGGGAAAGAGGAUACAGUAGUUUGCAUUUUGCCUUAGGUUUUGUACCCAUCAACUCCAAAAUAUGCACACUGGCUAUAAAUCACUACAGUAUCUUGCCACAGUGCUUCUCAGAUCAGGUAAGUGAUUUUAAAAGUAGGAGCACAAAAGAAGAAACAGUUUUUACAUAGCCCUUAAAAUCGCCUUGUAAAUGUGUGGCUUAGUUCCCUCAUUUUAAGUUUUUAGUUUUAAAAUUAGGGGAUCAUAAUACAAGUUUUGAUAUGAAGUCACCAGUGAAAGCUACCCAACUUUUGCCAAUAGUCUCAUUCUGGCUUCCGAGCAGAUACUGUUGAAUGUAAUUUAAUACUAGGUGUUUAGUGCCAUCUUAAUUAAAAAAACAAAUUCCCACCCCAAAGGGAAAAAUGGCUUUAAGUUAAAAUGUUUUCUUAAACCAGUCCUGUGCUGGCAAAAGAGACAUUGGGAGAGUUCUUGUAAUUUUUAUUUUUAUUUUAGUUAACAGCAGAAGAAUGUCUAGUUUCUAAUUUUGGGGUAGGAUCAGAAGGGGAAGAGAACCAAUUUUCAGUAAAACUUGGUGCCCUUUGUCAAUACCCCCAAAGCACAUGUUGCCUCAAUUUGAUGCAUUUCAAAUGAACUGUUAAAACUGGAGUAUCAAUCCUAUAUAUGGUUAAAAUGUAUAUUGCAUUGGCUUGAGUCCAUUUUCAGCUGCCAUAGAACAAACCGCUCAUUUGACAAUUAGUAGAAUUUUGGAAACACUUUGACACUUUUUGAACAGGGUGGACUUGACUUGUGCAGUGUUGUCUGCAGUAGCUGCUCUAGUUGCUGGAACACAAACUAGAACCCCAUUUCCUGUUUGCUGACUUUGGAUGAUCCGGAUUCAGCAAAGUGUGUGUGCGUGUGGUAUGAAUGUGUGUGCGUGAAACACAAACAGUCAUGGAACCAACUGUUCUAGGUACAUGUCAUGUUUUACUGCAUACUUUAAGUCAUGUUGUGUGUAUGUGAAGUGUCCUCUAACUUUAAGAUUUUGGUUAAUACCAAUAUAUUUUUAUAAAUUUGAAAUUCAGUGUGCUCCAUCUUUUAAGUGUUUCAUUGUUAGGAUAAAUGUACUAGAUUUAAUUCUUAACACUUCUCGGCACAGAUGGAAAAAGUUGUCGGCUCCUUGAAAAUGUAUGAGGAAGAAACGGAUCCUCAAAGCAUGUGUGUACUUACAAACCAAGCUGUAGAGAUCAAGAAAAGAACUUUUAUUCUCAAAUUUCUAAAUUGUCAAGAUUUAUAUGGAGUUGUGGUGGAACUAGUUAACACUUAGAGCUUUUGGUAUGUAAUGACUAUUUGCUAUGGACUGAUAUUAAAUGUUUCAAAGGAUUGCGUUCUUAAACUUUCUGGAUUUUUGUUACUCCUCUUGAAUUAUAUUAAGUAGUUUAAAGUUUCUUUACUAUAUUACAUUAAAACAUAAGAACUUUGGGUCUCCA